CAGUGCUGGACGGAGGGGCGAGUGUCGGAAAUCACAUUGAACGAUCUCCACCAUUCUCGCUCGUAAGACACAACCGAGUUCUUGUCUGCUGGGCACCAGGCGAUUAAUAGACUAUCCAAGUCCAUAUACCAGCCUCGUCAUCACUUGAUCCUCUCAUCUCCUUGGCAUCCCAGGGAAGUUUUUUCCCCUUCCUCCAUUCUCCUCACUCACGGACGAGAUCUAUUGGGACUCACAGCUCAGUGAUCGCUAUUCAAGCACACACACACACGCACACACACAUAGCGAGAUAGAUUCCACACAGGACACAGCCAGAGAAGCACGUUUCAUAUCAUUCCGACAUAGUUACUCCCGGUAUCCCGACUACCACACCCACCAUCCGAUCCCCCUUGACACGUAACCAUGUCCCUCAGCAUGUCCUACGGGACAUCUCCUGGCACUGGAUUCUCCCUACUCAACCCACCUAAUCCAUCCUUUGCCCCUAUCGAUUCGGUUCCCCGAGGUGGCAUCCUGCUCAACUCGAGACGGCUAUCGGAUUCACCCAAAGUGCGACCGGUCGACCUGGCAUUCACCACCAUUGGCAGUUCAUCCCUGUCAAGCCGCAACAUGACCUCGUUUGAAUCCGAUAACAAUCCUCAAACUCCAGAAACUCCAGUCGUAGAUCUCCCAUCAGGCGCCAACCACUUAUCUCCCGUCGGUUCAUCUCCCAUGUUGUCACCUUCGGAAUCUGGUCAUUCUCAUUCCGCGAGGAUAAGAUUCGCACCCCUGCCUGAUCCUCGUAGGCCGAGAUCACUAUCGACCGGUCGGAAUAUCGCUUGGGUAGCUGGCGAAGGUCCAACGGGUGAAACCACCCGCACGGUAGAACUUCGUGGUGUGAAACCGGAUCAGGGCUACAAUGAGGAGUAUGUCGAUGACGAGUCGGAGGACGAUUUCUUACGACGACGGAGCGAAGGCGAGUCGGAUGAUGAGGAAAAGAGAGGUCGGAGGUGGAGUCGAACGAUGGGCAGUUGGGGAAAGGGUACCAAAAAGCUUUUUGGUCUGAAAGACGCAGAGGAUGCCUACUCGGACGGUGCACCGUUGAAAAAAUCAGUCAGCACGGGUGGAUUCAUCGGAUCAUCCCCGUUCAGAUGGUCGUCUGAGACUGAGCGAAAGAAUACCAUGCAAGGUCUUUCCCCCAACUCGUCCCUCAACAAUCGUCCGGAUCAUCGUCGGAAUUCGUCCAUGGAAUCACCAUCACUAGGCUCCUCCUUAUCCUCCUCGCCUCAACCCGUGCGUAUGCUGAAUGGCAGAGUGUACGGCAGUCGUCGUGCGAUCGAAGCGGCUGAGAAGGAGAAACAAUGGAGAGAACAGAAUGAGCCUGCCUUUAUCGAAUGGGGUCACGGGAAGCAAGGUGCAGGAUUGGGUUCAAAUUCAGCUCCGUCAAGAACGAGUGGUGGUGGUGGAUUCUUGGGCGAUGCGGAAGAAGGCAGCGGGAUGGAAUGGGUGAAGAAACGACGUGAAGAGAGGCAGAAACGAGCUGCAGAGGAGAAACGAAUGGCUCUAGAAGGAUUCAGGUUGAGAUCCAAUAGCGACGGACCGAACCCGUCCGAUGAUGCUCAGUCCGGGUCCGGGGGAACAGUGACAGAGCCAAGCACGUUCCCAUCCAUCGCGUCUCAAAAGUCGAACCUGUCAAAUAUGUCAACUCAACCGACACCCAUCAUCCAGGUCUCAGAACAUCUCUCGCCCGCCGGAAGGAGCCCAUCUGGAAGUGGUGGGCAUCCAGAACAAGACCAUACGACGAGAGGCGCCGCGCAGCCGCCUGCCACUCAGUCAAAAGACGACCACGUCACUCGAGCUAUUCAGGUACCGAUACAUCCAGAUCACGACAAGGAUAGAGUCGUUCGUGGUGUGGAUAUUUUCGGAGAUGGGCGUGAGAGCGAUAGUGACAGAUCAUCCGAUGAGAGCAGCAGGAAAGAGAGGAUCAGCGACGAACAGGUCAUUGAAGAUGACGACGAUGAGGACGAGGAUGAUCAGGAUGAUGAGUAUACGGAUGAUGAGGAGGAUGAAGAUGAGGAUGCUACGAGGACGACGAGCUCUGCUGCCGGAGUCGAAAAAGUCAGUCGACACAAGGACUAGGUCCGUUCCUAGAUCAAUCAGUUGUACCUGGGUCACAUAUACACCCUUUCUUUGUCAGCUCUACCAUCCGUUCCCGUCACAGUACUUACAUACCACUUUUACUUUUUUUGGCUCUUAUAACGCCCCACCCGUUGUCACACUAGAUGUUCUCAAGAUUCUGUACAUG